UCUCCGUAUGGCUGAAAAAGGGGGGCGUAGAGCGUGGCUCGGCGAAUCAAGAGCGUCGCGAAGAACACGACCUCAUGACGUCGGCCGAAGGUUCGCGUCUCGUCUGCUUCGCAAGCGUGCACCGGGUUCUGCAAGUCCUCUUGGUCGGAGGCUUGAUGCUCCGGUGCUCAUCUGCGCUGCGACUGCUGAAGGUGAAGGCGCCGCCGACUGUGUUGUACGGCGGUGUCGCCAAGCUGGACUGCCAGUAUGACCUCGGGUCGGACACGCUGUACGCCGCCAAGUGGUUCAAGGACGGAAACGAGUUCUACCGAUACAGGCCCGGCGUCGGAGUUACCACCUUCCCUCUGCAAGGUAUCACCGUAAACGCCUCGGGGUCAAUCGGUGCGACGGUCUACCUGCACAACCUAACUCUUCAAAGUUCAGGGCUCUACAACUGCGAAAUAUCAGCUGAAUCACCGUCGUUCCAAACAGUCAUCGGAGUCAAACAAAUAAAGGUCAUAGCCCUUCCGAGGCACGGACCUCGCAUAGAGGGCGCCAGAAGGCGAUACAGAGCCGCCGACACGGUGAACCUUAACUGCACGUCGGGGAAGUCAAAACCGGCGCCGGUUCUGCGGUGGUUCAUCAACGGAGCCUUGGUGACCGACUCCAAGAGCCAGAGCGACCUCACAACCGUCAGGCACUCCGACGGUUUCGAUACGGUGUCCCGGCGGUUGCGGUUUGUGGUCACGGAAGACUUCUUCGAUGAAAGCGAGGACAUCAAAGUGAAAUGCGAAGUCAGUGUUCCCGGUGUGUACGUGAUGAGCGACGAAAAGGUGCUGCUGGAAAAACCGCAGGACAGUCCAGUCGAAGCGAGAGACGUGGACGACGACUGUCUGUCCAAGGUCCUUUCCUUCAUAACAAGACUUUGGAUGAGAGAAUACGAGGAGAAAGACUGACAUACAGGAACACGACUCGUGACUAAUUCACUCGCGGACAGUCCAAUGUCCCCACCGUGGUACGGGCUCCGUGGCCAAUGGCCUCCGCGUUUAAAAAAAAUAGUCCAACUGACGCACACGCACCCACUGGUGCAAGCAUUGUGUGCAUCGACCUUUGAGGAGAAAAUGCCGCGCACUAUUGUAUCCGACUGUUAUAGAAAUAAAUUGUAAGCUCCC